CUGAAGCCUAACUUCGCGCUGCUCGACCUGCUCGAAGCGGAGAUCAGGGACGACGAAGACGACGAAGACGACCUCAAGAAGGGUCUCCGCAUGGACGACGACGACCUGCUCUCCCUCGCCCUCCACAUGUCCGCACAGGAGGCCGAGAACAAGGGUACAGGCGUCAGGUCGCCGCCUUACUCGCGCGAGAGCCCGCUGGGGCCGGCGACGUCCCCGGAGCGGAGGGCGGCUGGCAGGAGGAGGCAGAGGGGCGUCCGGGGAAGGAGGAAGCUUACUGCCAUGAGGAACUUGAAGGUCUUGAUGGGAAAAAGCUCCGCCUUGAGAAGGAGGAGGCUGAAGGAGAGAGGAAAACAUGCUUUGGUUGGAGGAGGAAGAAGAACUGCAACUGGCCAUGGCUAUGUCACUAUCUCUCCAGACAAGCGAGUAAGAGGCAGCAGAUUAUUAUGAUACAGAGUAAACGCGCUGCAGCAUCAUGAAGGAGAAUUGAAGCCCUAAACACAAACACACACAAUGUUUGUGGAAACCUCACGUUGGCAGUGUGAUUAUGCGGUAUUCGUGAAUUGUGGCCACCUACAUUUAUAUAUGAAGUACAGCUUAUUAAGUGAUUAU